AUGUUAAUCAACAGAUUCUCAGCAAAGCCUCCUGGCUCUUUCAGCGCACCCUCCUCCUUGGUGCAGGUCUCAAUCGGACAGACUCCUUUAAUUCCUGGCAAGUUGUUGCUCUUUUGCCGUGUCUCAAUUUAUACCUGCUUUUCCCCUUGGUUCCCCGGUACCAAUAACAAGCGUAGAUUGGGUCGGCCCCUUCGACUCGACGAUCUCCGUCCGGCACACAGUACAUACCACCAACAGCUACCGCAUGCCAUGGGUCGACAGAAAACGGGCCGGGCCAUAGAGUUCACGAGUCCACUCUACGAUGAGGGCCAAUCAAUAACAUAUGCAGCAAAAUAG